AUGAGCGCAACAUGGGCAGAUAUACAACGUUUGGCAGCUGAUUUUCAGCGAAUACAGCUGGCAGAAGGCUCGAAAAAACUAUCAGAGAAUAAUUGUGUGGAGCUGAUAUCGAUGUUAAUCAAAUCAAAAACUAUCGAUAUUCUGUUCACAACUGAUGGCAAAGAGUAUGUUACUCGGAAUCAUUUACUCACUGAAGUAAAAAAUGAAUGUAUCGGUCGAG